CAUCCUCCCUAACCUCUGGUCUAGUAUGUUCGUUGCUAUUUCAGACACAUCUUUUGUGAGACCUGCUUUUCGGUUUUGUGCCAUAUAACGAGAGUUGAGAUUUGUACGUUAACGUUGGUAGGUGGAAAAAAAUAACAAUUUCAAUAAUAUUGCUCGAUAUCGGACGGUAAUGGCUCGCUGCAGGCACGGGACGAGAUGCGUGACUACUUGUAAAGAUGCUUUCGUAACCUAACCAGCUGGCCUGGACUCUGUUAUUAAGCACUCCAUGGCUGCCUGAGAAGCGCGUGCUAGUCGUCAGUUUGUCAACAAUGGAUGUGUCCCAGGUGACCCUGACUGUCAGAGGAGAAACGUGCCCAGGAGAGGUGAUUGCUGUGGUUGGGAGCUGUGUAUCCCUGGGCUGUUGGAGCUACCAAAAAGCCAUUAUCUUGGACGCACAGAACGAUGAAGGGAAUACAUGGACCACGAUGGUCUCUAUUCCCAGGGGAGUCGAGGUCAAGUACCGGUACUUCAAGGGCUUCUUUCUGGAAGCAAAAAGUGUGGGCGAUCCUUGUCAAGUGAUAGUCAAUGUGUGGGAGAGCCAUCUUCAUCCCCGCACCGUGAGCCCCACAGGUAUUACAACAGGAUCUCACCUAAAUGUGAUCGAUGGCCAUUUUGGAAUACACAAUGGGGCAAAGUGCAUCGACAGUGGUUGGCUGACAUGCCAGACAGAGAUUCGCCUGCGUCUGCACUAUUCCAAGACGUCUCCGGUAUCCAUCACCAAGAAGAAAUUCAAGAAGUCCCGCUUCAGGAUCAAGCUGACGCUGGAGGGGGUUGAGGAGGAAGAGGAUGAGGAGGAAGCGGAAAACCCACAGAGUGUGUCGUCCCCACACAAAGUGCCCACCACCCUGGAGAUCAGCAUGAUCAGCCCCAAAUGCUACAAGUCUCGCCACUCGCAGCCCGAGUGCGGUUACGCCCUGGAGCCCUCACAGUGGACCGAGUACAGCAUCCACAGCAUGGACCCUGACAACCUGGAGCUCACUUUUGAGUUUUUUGAGGAGGAUCUAAGCGAGCAUGUGGUCCAAGGUGAUGUUCACCCGGGACACGUGGGCACUGCCUGUCUCCUGUCUUCCACCUUCUUCGAGAGCGGCAGAGACCACGGUCUAGUCACGCUGCCCAUCAUGGGGCGCAACUCCAGGCAGACCAUAGGCAAAGUGCGAGUGGACUACCUGGUGAUCAGACCCAUCCUUGGACUACAGUGCGAAAUGAGCGCCACCUUCGCCAAGUACUGGAAGAAAGGAAGAGCCCUGAACGUGGGUCACCGUGGAGCCGGCAGCACGCAAGCAGCCAAGCAUCACAGAGUGCGAGAGAACACCAUCGCCUCAUUCAAGAGUGCCGCUAAACACGGGGCCGCUUAUGUGGAGUUCGACGUCCACCUCUCCAAGGACGCCGUGCCUAUCGUGUACCACGACCUCACGUGCUGCAUUUCCACUAAAAAGAAGAAAAAUGACCACACUCUGGAGCUCAUCGAGGUGCCUGUCAAAGAUCUGACGUUUGAUCAGCUACAGCUUCUCAAGCUGGCUCACGUCACUGCCAUGAAGGGAAGUGAUCUCAAAGAUGUAUUGGAGGAUGAUGACGAGAUCGACGAGCAUCAGCCCUUUCCGUCGCUAUCGCAGCUCUUCCAGGCUCUGCCUGAACAUGUAGGAUUCAACAUCGAACUGAAGUGGAUCUGUCAGAUGAAGGACGGUUCAUGGGAAGGCAACAUGUCAUCCUACUUCAACAUGAACAGGUUCCUAGACAUUAUUUUGUCUUGUGUUCUGCGGGAAGGAGGCAAGCGACGUAUCGUCUUCUCUUGCUUUGACCCAGAUAUCUGCUCUAUGGUGCGCCGCAAGCAGAACAAGUAUCCCAUCCUUUUCCUGACGCAGGGAAUCUCUGAAAAGUACCCGGAGCUGAUGGACAUCCGCUGCCAGACCACCGAGUUCGCCAUGAGCUUCGCUCAGAGCGAGGACAUCCUGGGCAUCAGCGCUCAUACUGAGGAGCUGCUAACAAACUUCAGCCUCAUCAGCGAGGCGCACAGCAAAGGCCUGGUGGUGUUCAGUUGGGGCGACGACAACAACGAUCACGAGAACCGGAGGAAGCUGAGGGAGCAGGGCAUCGAUGGGCUCAUCUAUGACAGGAUCUGUGAGGACCAACUGGAACAGCCAAACAUCUUCCAGGUGGAGGAACAACACUCCUUGCGGGAGGUCAUCACCGAGGAGACCCUCAAGAGUCCCGCCUGCUCCUGCUACUCGAUACCGUGCUCUUCAGCGCCGUGCGUCGCCGGCAAGGAGCGGGCCUGCAGCGGGAGCGCCGAGUCUGAUUCGGGCCUCAGCUCUUCAUAGGCUCCUCCUAUGCUCACAUAAGGGAUUGGUGUGUCAUAAGUUCAAAUUUUUCAAGCACCUCCGUUCACGCUCACUUGUCUGCUUUCGGAUAUCAAGCAGGGAUAUUGAAAUGUGACCUAGUGCAUUAAACGUUAUGCAAUAUAGUGGUCUGUCGUUUAUCGCAGAAGUUAGGUUGCAGAUGUCCCCGUGAUAACUGAAAAUCUACGAUUUAGAAGUUUUAGCCUUAAAAUACACCUCCCACAAGCUUUAAACAUGCAAACUUACUAAUAACCUUUGAAACACGUUUUGAAUGUUAUUUGAACACAAACACGCACAAUUGCUAGCAUGAAAUGUUUUUAAAAAAUCUGUGAGACUGGUUUGAAGGUCAUUUCAAUACAAAAACAUGGUUAACAGAAAAAUCAGUGAUAUAGACAGCAAUAGGAGAACAAUAGUGGAUCACGGUGUAUUAAUAUAGGUAGAAGAACAGGAUGUGCCAUUAUUGUACGCAUGUAGUCAUUACCUUAAAGCAGUAGAAGUGAGAAAAUUUUUAAAAUAAGAGCUCCAAAAUGAUUUUUUUUUAUACCUGGCUUUCAUGAACUUCUUUCUUUUUUGUUUGUUUUAUUAAAAACAUUUUUUUUUUAAUUUUGCAGAUUGUACCUGUAACCUUUUAUGAACAUCAAAACCUAAUAAUUUUCUGGCACUUGAAAAUGCAACGUCACCUUUAAACUUGAUACGAGUUGUUGCGUGUUCUCAUAUCAGGGUCAUGUCAGCUAUUAUUAUUUUUAAUAUAUAUAUCUAAAUAGGCAGCCAGUUAGGUGGGGGACUAUUUUCGCCUUCUGUUACAUUAUUUUCUAGUUCCUUACAGUAAUGUACAGUAAUUGAUAGCACCAAUACUUUAUCGCAUGGUGGUGCGCAUCAUGCAGUGUCAUGUAAACAAGUUUGCAUUACUCAAUGAGUUGUCACAAUAUUAUGUGAAAAAGCAUGGCGAUCUUUUCAUUUAGAAUAAAGAAUCAGCUGAA